AUGGCCAAAGGUCUGCACAGGGCUCUGCUGCAGCAGCAUCCAGAGGAUGACAGCAAGUGCUCCCCCCGGCCCCAGAACCUGAUCCGGCUUUAUGACAUCAUCUUACAGCUGACCCUUGAGGACCGGGAAGGCAAGGGCCUGUCAUUUUCCUUUGCCUGUAAUCUUGUGGAAUUGCUCCAGCUUCCUGGUUUAGAGGAAGACAAAGUCUUCCAGAAAGAGAUAGGCCUCAAGAUUCUGGUGUUCAAAGCUUACAGGUGUUUUUUCAUUGCUCAGUCCUAUGCGCUGGUGAAGAAGUGGGGCGAAGCACUUGUCCUGCAUGAUAGCAUCCUGAAAUAUGCAGAUGAAGUAAAUUCUGAUGCUGGCACCUUCAAGAACAGCCUAAAGGGCCUGCCUGACAUGCAAGAGCUCAUCACUCAAGUGUGGUCAGAGAAGUGCUCCCUGCAGGCCGCAGCCAUCCUUGAUGUAAAUGACACUCAUCAAACAGAGACCUCCUCCUCCCAAGUCAAGGACAAUAAGGGAAGUCUGGGCCAUGGUUUUUGAGGAAUAUGAAGCAGGAUUAGUAACAAACUAGGAAUGCAUGCUCAUUGUAGAGCAGUGGACCCUAAAUUUCUAAGGAAACCCCCCACCUCCCUCCCUUCUCUUACCCAACCUCAAAGCUUCUUGCAUAAAUCUUCCAAGAUGUCAGAUCAUCCCUAGGAAGAGGGUUGAGGAACCUGUUGCUGUGCAGAGUAGCACCCGUGGGUAAGAGCUCUAACUUGUAACAUGGCCAACAGACCUGCACCCCAGUCUUAGCCUGGCCCUCUCUUAGCCUCUCUGGGUUUCAGUGACUCUGACUACAAGGCAGGGAUGUGGUAGCCCCUCCUCGUAGGAGGCUGUCGGGAUUGAGUGAUUGAGGGAGAUGGCCCCUGUAAAGCUCUGAACCAAGCAGUCGGCACUCAGGAAUGUUCACCAAGGGUGUUGUUCUGUGACCAAUGCUACGUACGUCUCUUUGAUUUGACUUCCAGCCUCUGGUUGAACCGUUUGAGACAUUCUGCCUGGACCCUUCCCUUGUCACCAGGCAAGCCAACCUUGUGCGCUUCCCACCAGGCUUCCAGCCUGUCCCCUGCAAGCCUUUGUCCUUUGACCUGGCCCUCAGCCACGUGUCUUUCCCACCCCUUGAGGACAAGUUGGAACAGAAGACCAAGAGUGGCCUCACUGGAUACAUCAAGGGCAUCUUUGGAUUCAGGAGCUAACCAGGCUCUUCCUCGGGGGCAGGGGAGAUCCUGACUCUUAAUCUGUAUUGUGAGAAAAUCCCAGCAAGUUCCAUGAUAUUAAAUCCAGGUCUGCAUUGGCCCGGGGCAAGAGUUUAACAUCUUCGGCCCUGCAUUCCUACAGCUUGUGUCUGUACACACAGUCUUAAGCAGUGUGUUAGGAGAGCACCCUGUUGUCUUCUGGUAAAUGUGUGCGGGGUCAUCCUGUCUCCUGUACCUCCUGGGAGAGGGGCCGCUGCUGUCUGGUGCCCUGUGAGCUGUGAUUGAUUGCCUUUGGUCAGUAAUGCGUUCAGGAGUCCACACCAGGCACAGAUGGGGCCUUGAAACGCUUUGUCAUGCUUCAUGUCAUGUCAUGUCAUGAUUUGAAAUGAACUCAUCCUUGCUGUGAGCAUCCAGGAUCCCUUGAAAAGUUUAUCUGUGACUAUGAAACUGGCAAUGUCACCCCAGAAUUAUGGUCAGCCUUAUUCCCCUUCACCUCCCAGUGAAUGCUAAAAAGUUUCAGACAAGCAGAGAGCUCUAUUUUUAGAAGAAAUAUGUUACACUCAGAAAUGAUGAAACCAAAUCUUAUAUUAAAAGGCAAAGAUGAUGGA